AUAAUGGUAACCACCGUAACACUCGUCCAGUUCUAAGUGCAGAGGAGGAAGAGGAAUGGCGACAGUUUCUCUAUCUGCAUUAUCCACUACUCCACACUCAUCUCGCGUGACAAAUUCUCACAGGACCCACAAACUCUCCACCUUUGUUCCCAUUAGAGACCUCUGCCUCCAUUCCUGUAACAAAGUUUCUUUUAGUCUCUUGACUUUCAGGAAGCAGAGAAAUGAUCAGAAAGUAAGGUCUUCGGAGGAAGAAACCGCAGUCGUAGACGAACAACCAACAACACCCCCGCAAGAAGCACCAGAAGCUGAACAGCCAACUGUUUCCGUCCCUGUCUCUCCCUCAGACAAGCUCACCAUGUACUUCCAGGCAGAGGGAACAAUGAGUGAAAUAGCUAUUCCUAAAGUUACCCGGGCCUUGGAGGGAAUGGAGGGAGUUACUGAUUUAAAUGUCCAAAUCCUUGAGGGCAUUGCAAAGGUUGAGUUAGCAAAACAGACAACCGUACAAGCUACAGGGGUGGCUUCUGGUUUGGUUGAGGCCAUACAAGGUUCAGGUUUCAAGUUACAAACGCUAAACCUGAGUUUUCAGGAAGAAGAGUAUGUCUUUGCUUAAAUAUGUUUGUUGAUUUUACGGUUUUUGUGACUGAAAUUUAAACUUAAAAAGAGUAAAAAUUGUAUCUAUAUGCUCCAUUUUGAGAAGAUAUUUUGUUUUGCCUGUUUGCUGUUUUAGAGGUAUACAAAUGCACUGAUAUGAUUAUGAUGGUCA